UUCUCCUCGCGUAAAUUGUCGAUACCGGUUUGUUUCUAUUAUAAUCCUCGAUGGGGUUAGCCAUUUAUUUUGUGUAAUUUUUGGCGACGAUCGUGGAACAAGGACCGGAAAGGAUGUCCCAGCAGCGUGUGAGAAGAAACGGCUCCCCUACGCCUCCGGUAAACCCGGGUAAUGUGGCGGGUGGAGCAAGCGGCAGCCGUUUGCAGCCGAUGAGGGCAACGGUGCCUUUCCAACUGAAACAACACUGCAGCCCAACACGGGUCAAUAACAAUAACAACAAUGGGGCCUCACAUCGCAAUUCGCCUCGGACCACCAGUCCCUCAAGAGGCAAUGGGGGGAACGGGAAUGGAGUGGAAUCACCGCCAGCGAUGACCAGCUGCCGCGGAAGCCCCACAGUGUCCACUCAAACUGGGUCGUCGCCCACUCGUGGACAUCGUCAUCACCAUCACCACCACCAUCAUCAUCACCACCAUCACUCCCACCACCAACAUCAUCACAAUAACCAUCACCACCAGCAGGGUGUUGGCUCCCCCACCUCCACAUCUCCAGGACUCCCAAGCCCAGGAGCUGACUCCUCUAUGGUUGGUGGCCCCCCAGCUUCAUCCUCCUCCUCCCCGUCUCCUGUGGCUCUGUCGUCUGUGGGCAGAUGCGGCUGGCAGCAGAGGAGCUCACCAGAGACGAAAAGCCCCAGCUCUCCCAAAGGUGAUAAACCACAGCCUCCUUCUUCAAGUCCUUCCAGUUUAAUUCUAAGAACUUCAUUGGAUGCACUUGCAGCUCCAUAUCUUUCUGGACAGUGGCCUCGUGAACUUGGACAAGUGGCACCUUGUAUGAAAGACCAAUCCACUCAAACUGAGAGCGCUUGGGCCGAGGAGUAUGCUGAAAAGAAGAAAAGCUCACAUAAGCGUUCUGCAUCUUGGGGCAGCACAGAGCAACUGAAAGAGAUUGCAAAACUACGUCAACAACUUCAGCGAAGUAAACAUAGCAGCAGGCACCACCGGGAGAAAGACAGACAGUCUCCAUUUCAUGGCAACCACUCUGCAAUUAACCAAUGCCCGACCUCCAUGUCAAAGAAUGUAUUGACUCCUAUGACUAUCCCUAUCACAAAGUCAUCUGGGUCACGAUUUCGGAACAGCAUAGAGGGAUUAAACCAGGAGAUUGAAAUAAUUAUCAAGGAGACUGGAGAAAAGGAAGAGCAGCUAAUGCAUGGAGAUUGUUCAGGCCUUCCUGAUGUCAAUGGGAACAUUUCAAUGGGGUUCCUUCAUCUGCUCCCUCAGCCUCAAGAUAUCCCAGAUGGACAUCGCGCUCCACCCCCUCUUGCACUGCGAAGUAUUGAUACUCAGACACCUGGAGCAGCUGACUGUGGAAGCAACAAUAGCAGCCGCUCACAAUCUAUUUCACCAGCCUCCUUCAUUACAAUCUCAAACAACUUCAGUCAGGAGAGCCCUUCUUUGGUGAAUGACUUAACUGGAGAUCCACGAGACAAAGAGAAUGGAAAUCACUCGCCUCUUCCCAAAUAUGCCACAUCUCCAAAACCAAACAACAGCUAUAUGUUCAAACGAGAACCUCCAGAGGGUUGUGAGAAGGUGAAAGUGUUUGAAGAAAGCGCGCCAAAACCACUUCAUGAAAUACCACCCUUCUACUGUCCUGACAAGAACAAGGUGAACUUUAUUCCAAAGAGUGGCUCUGCGUUCUGCUUAGUCAGCAUCCUCAAGCCUCUGUUGCCAAAUCAGGAAAUCACGUUCAAGAGCUCCAGCCAUACGCUUGCGGUGCCGACCAGUAUCCCAACAUCACUAGUUCAGAAUUUCAACAUGGCAUCACUAUCAGCAAGUCUUGAACAGGAGCGUAAUUCCCGUGGGACAAAUACUUUUGUCUCUCCAAUGUCUCUUCUGCACCCAACUGGGCAAAUUGAUGAAGAAGAUGAUUAAAAAAAUCUAGUUUACCAUUGUAAAGAGAGAAGGGCACUUCUCAUCAAAUGAAAAACUCCAAACGCAGUACUGAAAUAAGAUGUUCUAAAUACUGGACUUAACUACAUUUGUAUUAAAUGUACAGAAUGGAAAACCAUUGUGUUAGCAGUAUUAAGACUGCUUUUGGAAGAGCUUGCUCUUUUAGGAAUUAGAUUUUUCCUUUGCUUAGUUUUCUGUUUUGACCCCUUAACCAUUGGUAAUGUUAAUGAGCUAAGGCUUUACCAGACUUUUAGUUCUAAAAAAAAAAAAAAA